AUGUCCGUUUCGGUCGUGCUCGCCGCCGUCCUCUUCUCCGUCGUCAUGCUCGUUUCGGGGCAAGAGGCGCAGCAGGCGUGCGCAGUCAAUCAACUCUUCAACGGACAGAUUUGCACGUGCGCGCCCGGGUGAGACAUUCUCAAUGCCGCAGAGAGGGAUUUUCGCCUAAAAUUGAUGAUAAUCGAGACGUUUUUAUUCGUUUAUUUCGACGAGAAGAUCGGGAAACGACCACACCCUUGCGAAUAACCCCAAAUACGUUUAAAAUUACUCGACAACAGUUUUCACGGGUUUUCGGGAAUGCAAUACGAGCGGAAGUAGCAGAAUUUUAUGGGGUGUGAAAAAAAUAUUUUUUUUUCCGUUUUUUUUCGUUUUUUUACGUCAAAAAACCCAAUUCAGCGAUGUAAAAAAACAAAAAAAAACGGAAAACAAACGUACGCUGAAUAGCCGCAUUAUAAAAUUUAUUUUGUGUCAUGGGCGUAUCGAUUCGGUAUAAUAUGGGACAAAUCGGAUCAAUCUGAAUUCUUAGCGACAUAAUUUCCAAUCGAAAACCCUCCAAUCUAUAUUUUUAGGUACUUUUCGUCGGCGAACGACGAGUCGAAGGCGCGUUGUGAGGACGAGUGCGAAGAGGUAAAAACGGUGUGUCGGCCGGCCGCAAACCGGUUUCUUUUUCAGGUCUACUUCUCGCUUUUCACCACCGGAAAGUGCGUGAACAACAUUUUUGGCAACGUGCCAAAGGAUCAACAACCGGCAUGCAACUUGAGAUGCGGAGUGAGUGCGCCGAAUUGAGCGAUGGGCGUGGCAUUUAGAAUUAGAAAGAACACGAUUGCAUUCGAGUCGACAAGAAAAAAUGGAAUGCUUUCGAAAUUUGCUUGAAACCGUUGAAAAUGGGAAAAAGUGCAAACUUUUUGCGGCUGUUUUUAUAAGAUAUAUCGAUCGAUUUGAAAUUUGGACCCAAAAUACUUCAGCACAAGUCUAAAAAGCCUAAGAAAACGUGGGUCCGAUCGAUAUGGUCUCCGCCAAGCCCGCCGGCUGAACAAGAAAGGCCACGCCUGUUAGGCCAGGGCGCCGAGCCUUUUUGCGAUCAAGACUAGCAAAGCGCACGGAACCCCAGCAUUCCAAUGCGCAAGCAAGUUGUCAAUGGGGCGCGCUUGCAUCCACCGUCGGCUCGGAGUUUCUUUUUUCAAUUGAAACCCAGAAUUCUUUCGUUUUUCUCUUAAUAAACACUUAAAUUUUGUUCUUUGCGAACCGUGGGGCGAUUGUGUGAGGUAAAAGCAUCGAUUUAAGCGCGAAACGGAGCAGAUUCGUUCAGAAUUGACCAAAUUGAGGGCUUUGUCGAAAACUACUGAAAAAACGGAGUUUUAACGAUCAUUUGCCGAAUCGAGUUCGGACACUAGCAUUCGAACCGUCCAGUCAACAAGGAGUUUAUUGCGCAUCUUUUAAGCGCUCAACCGUCGAAAAAUAUACAGAAUUGAGAUAAUUGAGGCAAAUUUUCGAUUCCAACAGGAAAAAAAUUCUGUCAUUUUCACAUAAAACGUUUCGAAAUUGAUGAGGAAGCAGUUAAAAUUUUAUUUUUUAUUCAUUUCUAAUCAUUAUCAUAAGUUUUGACACUGAUUGGUUCUGAAAAGAUGGGAAUAAUGCAAAAAAAGGGAAAAUUGAAAUGAGAAACUCUACAACGACGUUCCGAAAUUACGCGUUACGCGCCUUGUUUAGCGCACCUGAAUUGCGCCAAGGGAAUUUUUUAUUGGAAGGCUGGGGUUCCGUGAAGCGCAACAAAAAACUCGCAUGAAUUUCUGAGAUUCAGCUCGUGUGAGCGUUUUGUGUCUCCUUGUAAGUUUUUAUGAUCAUAAUAAACGCAUUGUCAGAAAAAUUAGCAAAAAUGACUCAGAACUCUUCCGAAAGCGCGCACUUCAAGUUUUGGCGCACAGAAAAGGAGAGCACGCCGCCCGGCCUGUUCCGAGACUUUAGAUGCGUGCCGUCGAACGAAUACCGACUCAUUUCACUCGAUUUUUUGGGAAUGAGUUCAUUAUGAUGAAGACUUACAAAGAGACACAAAAAGCACGCACGAACAGUCAUACCUCGAAAAAAAGCUGUUUUGCCAGUGACCCCUAGACAUUUCUGCGAGUUUCUUGUUGCUGCUUGCGACUUUCAAUUAUAAUUAACUUAUUCCCAAAAAAUUAGAAAAAAUGAAGAAGUAUUCUGCGAACAGCACGCAUUAGAACUGCCGCCGGCCGGCGAAAUCAGCAGCCGACAGUUCACGGGACGAGGGCCGAACUUUCUCCCUCUCUUCUCCUCACUGCAUCUAAAAAGCGCUAAAUUGACAGUGAAAACAUUGUCAAACAGGGAAUUUUAAUGAGAAAAAAAAAAGAAUUUUGUGUUUUCAGAUCCGCAUCCGAAUGUGGGCCACAAUCGCCGCGUUCGCCGUCAUCGCCGCCGCCGUCGUCUCGCUCGUUCUGGCCCUUCCGAUGUGCAUCGCCUCGUGCUCGGCGUGCUUGAACGCCAAAAAGGUACGCUUUUUAUUCAAUAUUCACUUUCUUUCUAUGCCUUUUUUUGAAAACAAACUGUAAAAGAACAGAAAUGCACAGAAAAUCGUUAAAAUUUCACAGAAAACUUAGUAAAAUCGAUAAAAAUCCGAGAAAAAUCUCUGCAUUUUUUUCCGUUUUUCUCUCCCCGAUACUGUCGUUUAUUCGUUUAUUUAUCUCCUCUCGUAAUCUGUGCCCAUUUCUUUUUCUUUUCGACACUCUUCCGUCCGCCGAUUCCACCUUAUGACCCUCCGCAUUCGAAAAGUGAAUGAGUGCAGUCUCUUGACAUUCAUUUUUCCGUUCCCGAUGAGAAAGUCACAGAAAAUCACUGUUCGGGGGGUCAUUUUUUGCCUAUUUUUAAGAAAAUGCAAUGUCGAAUCGGAACUCGGACAGAAUUAUCCGAAAAAUCGAUAUCCGCGUGCACUUCUCGUCGUCUCUUUGACCUUUAUUUUAAAAAUAUGUCACUUUUUAAAUAAGUGUCCAAACAUCCUCUUGAAACCCGAAAUCAAUCGAUAUUUAUUGUCGUUCGCGUACAUUUGUACCCAUCCAUGCCGAACUGAUCUCUCGGCGCGUGUAAUAACAAUAAUUCACAGCAACAAAAAGUAACCGGUCUAUCCAAUUUUCACGCAAAUUGCUAGAGACAGUGUGUGUGUGUAGCGCGCCGCAAAAAUGUAUUUUUUUAAUGCACUGCAGCAGCCUAUGGACGAAAAUGGAAUAAUAGGAUUGAUGAUAGUUCUAUUGUAGUUGAUUCGAAAGAAGUAAACGGGGGCAAAACCGGUUUUUUUUUGUGAUUUCGUCUCGUUGCCCCUUUCCAAUAUUGUUGUUUUUGUUGUCGAGAGAUCUGAAGGGCGACCUGGGAAAUGAUUUGAGAAAAGACUGGGGGAAAUGAAGUAAGAGAAUAAUCUUUAGAUCUGACUAACGACACAAAACCAAUUUAAUCUCGCUCACAUUUAAAUACAAAGUUUUUAGUCAAAUUGUUAGCCACCAAAAUAGACAUCAAUCCCACUGAUUUCUUUCAAUCCUCAAACUCUACACGUACUAGACGGUACCGCGGGAAGACUCUGAAAUAAAGAAAAAGCGGCUGAAGAUUCAACCCAUUCCUUUCAUCCUUGUUCUACCAUAGAGUCGGUCCGAAUAGAGUAGAAGCUAUGAAACUUUUAUCAGAACCCGAUAAUAUCUUCUUCUUCUUCUUCUCCUUCUCUCUCCGACAGAUAUUGUCCGAUCCCAUAAAGGUCACUAACGUAUCAAAUGGAAUGAAACCGUUUGCGAAUAAAACGGACGACACACACACACAUAGAGAAAGAUAUUUAUCAAUUGAUAUGGAGCGGGUUAACCUAAAUACUUGAGACAUUUUAUUAUCGAUAACCGAGAUUGCAUUCCCGGGGGGAAAUUGAUAAUAUCCGAUUGGGUUGAAGACUUGAAAAUUGAGAAAAUAUUGUCGGUUUCAAGAAAAGUGAAAACGAAAACAGCUCUACGAUAGGAAAGUGGUUUCAUUAAAGUCUUUCCGAAAUAUUAGCUAAAUUCUCUCCGAUGAUGGAGAAUUUUGCAAGAAAAAUCUGGAAAAAAAUGGCGGUAGUAUUUCGGAUUCAAGAUUUAGACCCAUCCGAUUCUCCGGCCCCCGGAUAUGCCUUUUUGGCCUCACAUUUCUCGGGACCGGAUGAUCCGAUCGAUCUGAAACUUGGACCCGACGUACUUCAAUCCAAUUCCAAAAAGCCUGCAAAGUUUGGGCCCGAUCCGAUUAUUACAAGUGGCGCAAAAGUCCAGACCUCAAAAAGCCUGGAAAUUUGCCCAAGCCUGAUCAUGUUUAGACCCGAAAAGUGUGUGAAAAUGCGAACAACUAUAAUCCAAUUAUUGCAGGCGAACAAGAACGCGAAGCGAGUCGCUCUCGAGGCUCAGGCGGUCCCAUCGAAAGAUCAGCAAGUGGCGACGAUGGGAUACAAUCCGUACGCGUAUUGGCCGUAUUACGGACGUGCUUAA